AUGUCUUCUGCAUGCAUUCCCUGUUUCUGGCAAUAUUAUCGUGACCUUUUACUGUGUACGACUGAGGCAAUAACUGGUUCUAUCUCCUCUAAGCUGUUCUGGCUAUAUGCGGUUGCAAGGGGCAAGAAACGAAAGAAUGACUGUCUUGAUAAGGAAAAGGACCACAUACCAAUGGAAAAUUUUGUGAACCUCCAAAUUCCGCCAACUCUGCGGAAGCAACUACUUGAUGAUUGUGGAUUAAUUACACAUCUGGGCAAGCUUGUUAAACUUCCAUGCACCCCGACUGUGGAUGACAUUUUGGAGAAAUAUCAUUAUUAUAGGUUGGAGAAGGAUGGGUUGAUAGCUGAUUCAACUAGGGAAAUGAUAAACGGAUUACGUUCUUUCUUUGACAAAGCUUUGCCAAUAAUGCUUCUGUACAAAAGUGAGCGCCAAGAAUAUGAAGACACCAUGGCAGUUAUGGUUGCUCCCUCAACUAUAUAUGGUGCUGAGCAUCUAUUACGCCUCUUUGUUAAAUUGCCAGAGUUAUUGGUCCGUGCAAAAAUUAAAGAGGAAACAUCGACAAAGUUGCAGCAAAUGUUACUGGACUUCCUCGAGUUCCUGCAAAAGAACCAGAUUUCCUUUUUCCUUUCAACUUACCACAUUGCGGAAGAUAUUGAAACGAGUACCAACGGAAAGGAAGAUGACUGA